AUGUCUGACGAAACCGAGAAGCCCACCCAGCCCGAAGCGUCCAAUGUGACUGACACCCCUGACGUCAAGGAGGUGGUGGAUAAGAUAGCGGAUGCCGCACCCAGGGCGGAUCCGAGGGACCUGGACAGGACCGACUUGCUUGCAGGCGUCAAGAAAGUGGACCAAACGAUUCUGAGGCUGAACAAGUACGUCAGACUCCUAGCUUCCCCAGGCGGCCUCUCCGCAUUCCUCUCCACAUUCAACUACUCCCUCUACAUCCUCGCCUACGUGCAGACCAAAUCGCCGUCCAUUUCCAGCUUCGCGACACGGCUCCUCACGCUGAUCCGCCCCGCUUGCGACGAUGCAAAGAUCUCCGCCGCAACCCUGUUGAACAACGGCACGGUGCCGCCCAUCGCUGCGCUCGCCGUCCUCAUCUCGAAAGCGCGCACAACGCUGAGGCUGUUUGGUCUCUUCCCGCUGUACGCCUGGUUGCGCUCGCUAGCCUCAGGCCCCAAAGCCGGCACAGAUGUCGUGCUGCACCGCAUCGCCAUGCUGCAGGCGAGCAGCUACUUCUCCUACCAAGCCCUAGAGAACAUCUCCCUCCUCGCCGACUCGGGCGUCAUCUCGCCCCGCUUCAUCUCUACCCUCAACCGCGGCGAUUCGACGACUGCGCGUUUAUACCUGUAUGCCUACCGCUGUUGGCUAGGCGGCGUGUCGUGCGACUUCCUCCGCUUGAUGCGCGAGUGGCAGCUCGAGGGCCGCAGGAGGGUGACUAGGCAACAGAUGGUUGCCGAUGGCCGCGCGAUUGCGGAAUAUCAGGACGAAGAGGACAAGAAGUUUGACAACAGGUGGUGGACCGAUUUUGUUAUCGCAAGCGCGUGGUUGCCCAUGGCGCUGCACUUCAGCAGCACGACUGGAGGCUUGCCAGGCUGGAAUCUGGGAUGGAUGGGUGCCUGUGGUUUGGUGGCUGGAAGUACGAGGUUCAAGGCGCUCUGGGCAAACUUUAACAUUGUCGAAGCUAGUAUCGGUCAUCAUCUAGAAGCUCUCGAAGAACAACGGAUUACCAGCGUGGAUCUUGUCAUCAGCUGUCUGAAUCGCAUUGCCAAGUUCGACACUAUCCAAGGUCUGAACGCCUUUACGGUAUUCAACGAGAAGGUCCUCCAAGAUGCAGCAGCUUCCGAUGCUCGGCGUGCCCAAGGCCUCAAGCCUCGACCUUUGGAAGGUAUACCUUAUACGAUCAAAGACAGCUACAAAGUUGCCGGCAUGACAGUCACAGAUGGCUCACCUGCUCUGAAAGGUGUCAUGUCAAGCGGCGACUCUGCAAUCGCUGAGAAGCUUCGAGCUGCGGGAGCGAUCUUGAUUGGAAAAACUAACAUGCCACCGAUGGCUGCGGGUGGUAUGCAGAGAGGCAUGUAUGGUCGUGCAGAGUCGCCGUAUAACUCAAAGUACCUCACCGGCGCCUUCUCAUCUGGUUCGUCAAAUGGUGCUGCAACAUCUGUGACGUCCAGCAUGGCAGUCUUCGGCAUGGGUAGCGAGACCGUCAGCAGCGGACGAAGUCCAGCGUCCAAUAACGCCAUCGUAUGCUAUACGCCAUCGAAGGGACUCUUGAGCUGUCGCGGGUUGUGGCCUUUGUACAUCACAUGCGAUGUGCCAACCCCGUAUGCGAGAUCGGUGGACGACAUGUUGGAAAUACUGAAUGUCAUUGCUACUCCAGAUGAAGACACCACGGGGGACUUCAUACGCGAACAGAAGCAUGUGCAGAUACCUCAGCCUCCUUCGAUCGAUUACACUACUCUACGAAACGACGAAGCGCUGCGAGAUAAGAGGGUUGGGGUGCCGAAGAUGUACAUUGGCCAGAAAGACUCAGAUCCACACGCAAAACAUCCUUACGUUUCACCGGGGGUCGUCGCAAUAUGGCAACGGGCAGCAGAAGACCUUAAGUCUUUGGGGGCAGAGAUCGUCUACACCGAUUUCCCUCUGAUAACAAAUUACGAAAACGACUCCCUUUCAGGCGAGGCGAACAACGUCGAUGGACGUCCCGCGAACUGGAACCUCCUCGAGCGAGGCGUUCUUAUCGCCCAAGCGUGGAACGCUUUUCUCGUAGACAACAAUGACCCCAACAUCAAGUGCUUAGCCGACAUCAAAGAUCCUGCGAUGCUAUUCCCAAAGCCACCAGACUACAAGCCGGAUCGCUUUCUCGAAGUGAGGAAUUGGAUUGAUUACCCCGGUCUGCCCAAGAUGGUCCAGGAUGGGAGUAUACAUGACAUACAGGGUAUGGAGCAAGCUCUCAAAGCUCUCGAAGCUCAAAGAAAACGCGAUCUAGAAGAUUGGAUGGACAAAAAUGGGCUGGAUAUCGUUGCAUUUCCUGCGCAAGGCGAUGUCGGUCUCGCAGAUCUUGAAUUCGACAUUGACAGUACGACACAUAGUCUCCAGAAUGGCGUGAAAUACUCCAACGGUAAUCGCGCAAUCAGGCAUCUCGGUGUACCUACUGUUAGUGUACCCAUGGGUGUCAUGAGCGACAAGAACAUGCCUGUGAACAUCACAUUCGCUGGGAAGGCUUACGAAGAUGAUUAA